CCACAUGCUCGUCCUCUUGCCGUGGAAUAUGUCCCAUCUGAUGGACAUUUUCUGUGCUUGAGCAUAGUAAUGAACGUCUGACAGGCGCGACCUUUCAUAAGACAGCCCACACUAUUGGCUUUCUGCCCAGAAUAUUGCUGCAACCCCAUCUGUGAUUGGUUCUCCCCCUAUCAUGCAUUGCUUCGCGAAGGGAAGCGACCCCUUUUUUAAUAAAUCUACGAUGGCUGGCUGCACUGGGCUGCACCGUUGGUACUAAGAAGUGCCUUUUCCUGACGUCUCUCCUGCUUGGACCGCUUCUAGAGCAGCCUCUGCUUUUGCCUUGCUUGCUGCCAGCUAGACUGAGAGGACAGCACAUCUACCCUCCACCCUCCGCCUCUAGCCCAGACACCCCCAUUUCUACUUGUAAUCAAGAGAAAGCCUCUAAGUAUCUGGCAUUGCCUUAGGCUGCUUUAGUAGAAAGAGAGAGAGAGAGAGAGAUUGAGAGAAAGAGAGAGAGAAAGAGAGAGAGAGAGAAAGUGAGAAAGAGAGAGAGAUUGAGAAAAGUUUGCUGGGGAAAAAAAAAGUGAGAUAUCUUCUGCCAGAAAAAUCAAGGAGGAAAAACAAACAAACAAACAAAAAUAAUUUCUCGAUUGUUGCUCUAAAGCUGCUGCAUCUGUCUAUGCCAAACUAAUCAAUACCAAUUGCACCACAGAACCCAAUUGCAAAUUCAGCUGUGAGGAGAUUACCUUUCAGACAAUUUGCUGAAAGCAGCUUGGAAAUUCUGUGUCGAAGGGUCUGCCACGUUUUCAUGCUUGUGUUUGGGGCUCCAAAUUGGCACUGAGAAUGGGGUAUUGAGAGCACAAAGCUAGUUCCAGGCCCCACUCUGAAACAGUGAGAUACUCGUGAUCCUAACAUUUCUCUUAAGUCCCAAACCUCUUUCGAUGAACAGUUUCAUGCUGUGAAUUUCUAGUGGGAUCUCUUUUCCUUGAUAUUGACAACACGAUUUUCCAUGUACCUUUAAAGAACAGGGAUUUGGGGACAGAGCAUUUCAAGAGGUGACAUUUUCAUCAUUUCCAGUCUUAACAGUUUGGCUUUUUUGGGGGGGGUGCCUCUGGGGGGGCUCGGUUUGGUUUUGUUCGUUUGUUUCACUGAAAAAAAAAAUUUAACUACCUGUAAAAUCUAAACAUGGCUGUUAGUGUCACACCAAUUCGGGACACCAAAUGGCUCACAUUGGAAGUAUGUAGAGAGUUCCAAAGGGGCACUUGUUCACGAGCAGACACGGAAUGUAAAUUUGCACAUCCAUCGAAAAGCUGCCAAGUUGAAAAUGGACGAGUAAUCGCCUGCUUUGAUUCAUUGAAAGGUCGCUGUUCAAGAGAGAACUGCAAAUAUCUUCACCCACCUCCCCAUUUAAAAACACAAUUGGAAAUAAAUGGACGCAACAACCUGAUUCAGCAGAAGAACAUGGCCAUGCUGGCCCAACAGAUGCAACUUGCUAAUGCCAUGAUCCCUGGCGCCCCGCUACAACCUGUGCCAAUGUUUUCUGUUGCCCCAAGCCUAGCCACUAAUGCAUCAGCCGCCUUCAAUCCCUACCUGGGACCCGUUUCCCCAGGCUUGGUCCCGGCAGACAUCUUGCCAACCGCACCGAUGCUGGUUACGGGAAAUCCUGGCGUCCCAGUACCUGCUGCAGCAGCUGCUGCUGCACAGAAAUUAAUGAGGACAGAUAGACUGGAGGUAUGUCGAGAGUAUCAACGGGGUAAUUGUAACCGAGGAGAAAAUGACUGCCGAUUUGCCCAUCCUGCUGACAGUGCUAUGAUUGAUACCAAUGACAACACUGUCACCGUGUGUAUGGAUUACAUUAAAGGGAGAUGCUCUCGGGAAAAGUGCAAAUAUUUCCACCCUCCUGCCCAUCUACAAGCCAAGAUCAAGGCUGCCCAAUACCAGGUCAACCAAGCUGCAGCUGCCCAGGCUGCAGCCACCGCAGCUGCUAUGACUCAGUCGGCUGUCAAAUCACUGAAGCGACCCCUCGAGGCAACCUUUGACCUGGGAAUCCCUCAAGCUGUUCUUCCCCCAUUACCAAAGAGGCCUGCUCUUGAAAAAACCAAUGGUGCCACGGCGGUCUUUAACACUGGUAUUUUCCAAUACCAGCAGGCUCUUGCCAACAUGCAGUUACAACAGCAUACAGCCUUUCUCCCACCAGGCUCAAUCUUGUGCAUGACACCCGCUACAAGUGUUGUUCCCAUGGUGCACGGUGCUACGCCAGCCACUGUGUCCGCUGCAACAACAUCCGCCACAAGUGUUCCCUUCGCUGCAACAGCCACAGCCAACCAGAUCAUCUUAAAGAGAAGAGGACAGUGUGCUUGUUUAGAAUAAAGGACAAGGUCGCUAGCCAUAAUGUAUAUACCGUCAAGCAACACACCCAGCCAAACCCUCAGCCGUAAAGCAUCCACCUAUUGCAUGUUAUCGAGACGAAAAGACAACAUGGAAACCCACUGCACACUGUUGCCUAGAUAUUUUGUAUAUUGAAUUGAUAUUUGUGCUGAGGUGAUCUUCCUGUCUAAAAGAACAACCUUGUCUCUCUUUUCUAGCACAGAGAGAUGCAUAUGGAUUUUGGUAUGCAUCCACCUAGUUAAUUUCCUACAUACUCAUGCCAUCUUGAAAAGACAGACUAUGGUGUAACCAUGAUUCUCUCAUGUAUUGGUACGUCUGUAGACCAAGAUAUAAUUUUUUUUAAAAAAAAUAAGUUUAUUUCUUUCAAGGUUUACAAAUAACAAAGGUGCACCUUGUAUUUAAAAUUGCCAUUAUAGACAAAAGUGUGCAUGCACAGUCAUUUUUGUUGAAGAGUAAUAUUUUUAAUGUUAUAGAUUGUAAGAGGUGGUGAGGGAGGGAUCUGACAGAGAUGAAUGUGCCAAGCAAAACCAUAGCUGUGUAUAUUUUAAAGCACAUCAUGGCUUUAAGAACCAUGUUGUUGAAGAUACUCAUGAAGUGCCAUAGACUGUACAUCAAAGUAGAGUAUUAUUUCUUCAGUGUUAUUAUUUUCAGAGCCACGUUUCGUUGCUUACUCGCUAAUACCGAUCAGUCAAAGGGCACCAUUCUUUUUUCGAAACCAAAGCUGUCUCAGAAAUGGCCCAUUUAACCUUACAGUAACCAUAGGCAGCACAAGACAAAUUCUCAAAUAAACACAGAAAAUUCACACAUACUGGAGAUAUAGAAAGAGAUAGAUAUAUAUAGAUUAUAUAUAUAAUUAUUUUAAUGCAUUGUAGUGUAAUAUUUAUGCAUAUUAUACUGUAUAACAUUAUACUCAAAAAGAAAAAAAAAGGGAAAUGCCAUUUCUGAGACACGAUAACAAGAAAACAAUGUUUGAGGAACUUGUUUUGCUUCUAUUUAUAGCCUGUCAAAAGUCAAAAGACUAUAAAUGCUUUGCAAAAAUAGUUUCACUUUGUUUCUAUUCUUCAUUACAGUCACAUUCAAAAUGGUGACUCUAAACAAAGGAAGGCAGAAGCACUGUCAUUGGAUGCAUGUUAAACCAAAAUAUGAAUAUGGUAAAGGUUUAAUUAAGUAGUAUUUGGGCGGGUUAAGUACUUGGGUGAAUUUUAUAUGUGAUUUUUUUUUCCUUUUUUUCUGUUUUGUUUUGAUUAACUGCUUAUAGCCUUAGAAAGCCUUUUACAAAAUUAAAAAAUAUAUAUAGAUAGAUGUGCAUUCAGUUUUUAAAAAUAGAUUCAUCCAAAGGAAUUCCUUUUUUUUUUUCUUUCUUUCUUUUUUUUUUUUUUUUGUGGUUUGGAUGUUGCAGCUAGUAGAGGAUAUACAUAUAUAUGUAUAUGUACAGAUAUAUAUAUGUAUAUGUAUAAUUUUUUUUGCCUGUUCAGCAAUUCUGACCAUUGCUGAAGUGGGGGCCAGGUCACUAGUAGUGUGGUGUGGAAUGGAAGAGGAGGAGGUUCCGUUAUAGAACCUUCCAUACUUCCACGUUUACGGCAAGUUUUUAUGCUCGAGAGAAAUGCUUUCUAGUAUAAGAAUGAUGUGUUGAUUUUACUGAUUGUACUGUACAUCUAUUAAAGCCUUAGAUUAUUACAUUACGGGUUGGACCCCAUACCAAUGUAAUUUCAAUCGUGUUAAGAAAGUAUAGGUGACUUCACAUGUUAUUGUAGUUAGUUUCAUUAUAGAAUAUUACUUAUUUUUCCUUGUUAAAAGGUAGAUUUUAAUUUCCUACAUUUAUUAAAAUUGUUUUCAUUUUCUAUUAACAAUUGAAUAUCAUUUCAGUUUAUAAAAUUUUGUUUUAUUAGAUUUUACUGAUGAAUUUUUCAAAAUACAAAAAAAUUAGUUUUUUUUUCUUUCAUAACAUACUCAGUUUUGAAUUACAUGUAGUGUCAUAUAAGGAUUCGUAUUAUUGUUAACUAAAUGAUUUAUAUUUUACGGAUUUAAUAUUACAGUGUAAGAAUGUCAGUCAUUGUUAGUUCUUGUCUAGUUUUCAUUAAAAGAACAAAGAUCUUUUAUAUGGAUAUCUUAUAAUUAUAUAAUCAUUGCUAAGUAAGAAGUUAAGUUGUUGCUAUGGCAACAAUCCUGGCAGACAAUUGAAUAAUAUUUUGAUGAUUUAUUUUGUUUGUAAUUAGUUAUUAUAAGAAAAUCUAGAUCCUAGAUAUUAGAAUAAAAUUUAUUUUCUACUGUAUCCAAUUCAAAUGUUAAAAUAUUGUUUAAAUAUUUUUUGAAAUCCCUGAAUAUCAGGCCUUGUUAUAAUUAAGCUGCAUAAUCGAUAGAUCAAGGGACUUUUUGUUGAUAAUCCAAAUACUCAAAGUUUACGUAACAAGAAUUUUAGUGUGUGCAAACUCUUGAGGGUUGAUUAUGCUGCAGUUUAGCAUGUUGGAACGUUGAGGAAAGAAGGUUGACUUUUUGCACUUCUGUAUAUAGUCAAAAAAAAAAAAAAAAGAGAGAAACCUGUAUAAUAGUGAGAUCUUAUUUUGAAUAAAAACGUCUAUAAUUACAAGGAGUUUUGUUAAGGCUAAUAAAAAAAAAUAUGACAGGCUGAGAAAAAUUGCUUGCAAAAAUGGCAGAGUUAGCACUCCAAACCCCUCCCAAAAAAUGGCUUUGCUUUUUGUGGACAGCUUGUAGUUUGCCAGGAUUUUUUCAGCUGGAAAGAUAUGCCAUCCUUCCAAGAUCUCAUGACUGACAACAGUUCCUCUGGUCCAAAAUAUGCCUGAAGAUCAUUGCCAAAAAUAGCAGGUACUUAUUUCAACCAUUAAGGUGAAAUCAUGGAUCAGAUAGUCCUUACAUUAUUCAAAACUACUGCAUGUUUAAACUAUCAAAAAAAAUAAAGAGAACUAUAUUAAGAAUAUAUACUAUUCAAACCAGUUUGACAAUUUCAGUGGUUUAUUGUUCACAAGACAAAAAUCUACAAAAUGAGUAUUGACUCUCACAAAAAGUUAAAAAUCAUGAACAGGCAAACCAAACAGCACACCGUAGCUAUCGUUGUUAUGUGAUUGUUUGUUUUUUUUUUUUUUUAAUUGCUAUUAGUGAGCUGUUCUUUUAGCAGGUGAAAACAAAUAAACCUCAAAUUUUACAGUUUUAAUUUUCAAAAUCAGAAGCACUCAGAACAACGUCAUUAAGCACGUUGUGAUUUAAAAGCCACGUAUCACAUGAUAUUCGGCUAUAGUUUUUAAUUGGUAUUAUUCAACAGUCACACCGAUCAGGUGAUGACGAUGUUGCACUUAUUUGCAACCCUGCAACUUUCAUCUGCUGAAAGGACAGACGUGCUUGAUUUUACUAUUAUGUAAUCACAGAAUUACUUUUGCUUGUAGUCGCUUUGAAUUAUGUAUUCUGUCCUUGGCUGCAAUUUGUUUUUAUGCUUAUUUUAUUAUUAUUGCAAUAGUUGACUUUGCUGUAUGGAAAAAUAAAGUAAAAAAUUGCCCUAAUAAAA